UCAGGCCGGAAGUGUCCGUCCCUCAAACCUGGCCCCCAGCCGAGAAGAUGCAGGCGGCGGCGCGACAUGUGGUGUGCGCCCUGUCCGGCGGUGUGGACAGCGCGGUGGCGGCGGUGCUGCUCCGGCGGCGAGGUUACCAAGUAACAGGGGUGUUUAUAAGGAGCUGGGACACUGUGGAUGAACAAGGAGUUUGUUCAGCAGACAGAGAUUGUGAAGAUGCUUACAGGGUUUGUCAGAAACUGGAUAUUCCUUUCCAUCAGGUUUCCUAUAUAAAAGAAUACUGGAAUGAAGUAUUCAGUUACUUCUUAAAAGAGUAUGAAUUGGGAAGGACACCCAAUCCUGACAUAAUAUGUAACAAGCAUAUCAAAUUCAAUUAUUUUCUUCGUUAUGCUUUGGAUAACCUUGGAGCAGAUGCAGUAGCUACUGGGCAUUAUGCAAGGAGCUCUCUGGAAGAGGAGGAGGUUUUCCAACAGAAAUAUAUUAGUAGACCACAGGGGCUUUUCAGAAACCGAUUUGAAGUGAGAAAUGCUGUAAAACUCCUUAGAGGAGCUGAUAACCUGAAAGACCAGACGUUCUUCCUCAGCCAGAUUUCACAGGAUGCCUUAAGAAGAACUAUUUUUCCUUUAGGAGGAUUAACAAAGUCUUUUGUAAAGAAGAUAGCAGCAGAAAACGGCAUUCAUCAUGUGCUAGCGAGGAAAGAGAGUAUGGGAAUCUGUUUUAUUGGUAAAAGAGAUUUUGAAAGAUUCAUUCUUGAGUAUUUAGAGCCUCAUCCAGGUAACUUUGUUUCCAUUGAAGAUAACAGGGUUUUGGGAACACACCAAGGUUUGUUCCUGUAUACAUUAGGACAGAGGGCUAGAUUAGGAGGCCUUAAAGAAGCUUGGUUUGUUGUAGAUAAAGAUAUAACCACAGGAAAUGUCUUUUUGGCACCAUCUACAGAUCACCCUGCACUGUACAGAGACCUAAUGAGGACAAAUCGAGUGCACUGGAUUGCAGAGGAACCUCCUGCAGAGCUAAUUAGGAACAACAUGAUGGAGUGUCUUUUCAAGUUUCAGCACCAGAUGGCACUAGAGCCUUGCAUGUUAACUCUAAACCAGGAUGGGACAGUGUGGGUGACGCUAGCUAAACCAAUUAGAGCACUUACAGCAGGGCAGUUUGCUGUGUUCUACAAGGGUGACGAGUGCCUUGGCAGCGGGAAAAUCUCAAGGCUGGGCCCAUCAGUAUAUACCUUACAACAGGGUAAAAGCAAAGAGGAGGUUUCAAAGAAUGCGUUAGCAGAGGAUGUUGAGAAGUUAGAGCCAGCAACAUAAUGGGCAUAUUUGUUCUUAAAUGAAAGACUUCUGAGAAACUGGAGCCUAAGAAUAAUGAGAGCAAUAAUAAACACAUUUCUUUGAUGAGCUGUAACUUGCAAAAGGGUGAGUCUGGUCAUGUUUUUCAGCCAUAAAAUACUACAACUCAUAAAGGAGUUGUCUCUCUUGAAUGAAACUACUGAGCUAAUAAUAGAUGAACCCCUAUUUCAGACAUACAAAAUGGUACCUGAGGACCAGUUAGACAGCAGUUUUGAUAUAGUUUUAUUAUAUUACAUGGUGAUUUAUGUUGGUGAAAACAUCAAACAACGAUAAACAAUGUCAGUAGACGGGAAGGUUGCCAUAACUGUAUAAGAGACUACUUGGCAGUUUCAAGUUCAGCACUUUUUUUGAAGGCUAAGGUUAAAUGUAAAAAUAUUUAAUGUAAGAGUCCACAAAUCUGUACAAAACUAUUCUGUUCCAGAACACUGUAAACACUUAAAAAUACAAAUAAGGUUUUACUUUUGAUUACUUGUACAGUGAUACCAGUCCUGUAUCAGAAAAUAAAAUUAGCGAAUAUUCAGUUUAUAAUAAGGCUAUUAAUUGCCUAAAUUACUCUGUACUAGCAGCAGUAUAUGCCAAUAUUUUAAUUUAAAAAAAAUGAUGAAUGAAAUCCCAAGCCUUGCUUCAUAAAGACCUGAAAGCUAAUUUUUAAAAAUGUGUGUUUGUAAAUAUAAAGUACAAUACACAUAUUAAACUUGCAUUUGUACAUGUACAUUUUGGGAGAAAGAUAUGUAGUGUCUCAUGUGGAGGUUCUAUACUUUGCAUGAACUGAGCCAUAUAUUUCUUUCUUGCAAUAAAUGCUGUCAAAUUUAUUUUAAAUGUGCUUGAAUCUCUAACUGUAAAUUCGGGUUUUCUUAUGGGUCAGAUUUACAAAUCUAGUGACUUGAAAGUAUGUUUGAUAUACCUUAAAAAUAUCAGAAUCAGUUAAUAGUAAGCUGUUUUACUGGAGUUAAGAAGCAAUUUUAUGAACUGUCCAGGGUAAGAAUUGUAUGUCCUGUCUCCUGAGAACACUUGCUACUUAAAGAAAGCCAACUUGCAUGGUGAUCGGGAGAGAUUCUGGGUGACUCCAAAAUGGAGUCCAUAGCGCCCAUCUUUAAGAAAGGAAAGAAGGAGGAUCUGGGGAACUACAGACCGGUCAGCCUCAUGUCAGUCCCUGGAAAAAGCAUGGAGCAGAUCCUCAAGGAAUCCAUUUCUAAGCAUUUGGAGAAGAGGAAAGAGAUCAGGAACAGUUGGCAUGGAUUCACCAAGGGCAAGUCAUGCUUGACCAACCUGAUUGCCUUCUGUGAUAUGAUUGGCUCUGGAUGCAGGGAGGGCAGUGGAUGUGACGGACCUUAACUUUAGCAAGAUUUUGAUAUGGUCUCCCACAACAUUCUUGCAAGCCAGCUAAGAAAGUAUGGGUUGGGUGAAUGGAUUGUAAGGUCGAUAGAAAAUUGGCUGGAUCGUUAAGCUUGUAGUUAUAAUCAAUGGCUCAGUGUCUAGCCAGCGGCCAUUAUCAAGUGGAGUGCCCCAGGGGUUGGUCUUGGGGCCAGUUUUGUUCAAUGUCUUAAUCAGUGACCUGGAAGAUGGCAUAGAGUGUACCCUCAGCAAGACUCGGGGGUGUCGGUUGCAGCCAUGUUGGUCUAAGGACAUAGGCAGACAAGGAUCUUUGGGUAAAUCGGAUACCCUUUAUUAGACUAACUAAAACAGUUGGAAAAAUUCUUCUUUGCAAGCUUCUGGGUACAAUAGGGCAGGCUAUUAUUUUGGCUGGAGGGUGGGUUAACGAGUUUUGGCAAGCUGUAGGGUAGCUGCAGGGGUAGCCCUGCCCCGUGAAAGGUGCUCUGCCUCCUGGUCUCCAUCUUGGGAAUGGAAGUCCCACCUCCUAACCCCUGACCUUUGUCACCAGAAGUCCCCUGAAAAUACUUCAUUUGGGAAGCUGGGUUUGCCAUCUUGGUACUGGAAAAAAACCAAAUUAUGUACUAAGAAGCAAACAUCCACAAUAAUAUAUUUUAAUUUUAUUUAAAAAAAAUUAUCCCUAUUUGUGUGUGUUUGCAUCAUAUAUAUAUAUAGAGAGAGAGAGAGAGAGAGAGAGAGGUGAUUGCCUAAUAGCUCAGUAUAAAGUCUUACUCUUGUAUAUUGGGGGGGUGGUAUGGGGCUUGUAGGGGACUGUAGGUGGUUUUGUGGGAGGGUGUGGGUGAGUAUGGGGUUUGUGGGAAGUGUGGAGGGGGAGGGUAGCUGGGGGGUGUGGGUGCAUGUGUGUGGUGGGGUGUGUGCACGUGGUUGUUAGCAGAGCCCCCCUCCUCCCCCCCCCCCGAAGCACACAGGUGUGUGGGGAGGAGUGUGGGGUUUAUUGGGGGUGUGGAGGACGGUGUGGGUGGGUGCAAUGUUUGUGAGGUGUGUGAUUGUGGGGGGGAGGGGGGGUCAUGGGGGAGGGUUUGUAGAUAUGGUGGGGUGUGCAUGGGAGCCCCCUGUGUGCGCCCCUGAGAUAGUUACCACAUGCUCUGCAGCGCCUCCCCACCACCGCCAACAGUGCGCAGCCCCUUCCCCGUGCCGCACCGGCUCUAGACUCACCCCAGCAGGAGUGGACCAGCUGGAACCUGGGCACAGCCCUGACCCCCAGCGCACCCUGUGCCUGCUCUGCACUGCCCACCUGUGGCACGUUCUGCUGCCCGUACCUUUCUGAUUCUAUCCCUGGAUGGGAUUCCAUCCAGGAGAGCACAAAACAACGGCAGGCCAAGGCUUCCUCUUCCUGAAAGAAGAAGGGUGUUUGUAUCCCAGGGGUGGGAAAAAUAUGGCCCGCGGUCCGCAUUCAACCCACAGAGGAGCUUUGUCCAGCCUGCGGUGGGUCCAUCUGUCCUUCCUGGCCCAGGCACUGAUAGGUGGUGGCGUGUCCUGCCGCCCCUUGGGCAUGCAGUGGGGCUGGGGCAGCUCCAUAGCUGGACUGCCUUUCUAGGCAAACCAGGCGGUGGCAGCUUCUUCCAUCUGCUGCCGCCACUGGCCCAUCAAAGAGAGCACAAAACAACUGCAGAUGCUUCCUCUGCCUGAAGAAGAGUGUUUGAACCUGCAAUGAAGAAUUUUUCCAACUAUUUUAGUUGGUCUAGUAAAAGAUAUUAGAUUUGUUUUCAGCAACUCUCAAGAUGAUACCAAGCUGGGUGAAGUAGUAGAUACACUGGAGGGUAGGGUUAGGAUUCAGAGAGACUUGGACAAAUUGGAGGAUUGGACCAAAAGAAAUCCCUUGAGGUUCAGUAAGGAGAAAUGCAAAGUCCUGCACUUCAGAUAGAACAGCCUCAUGCACCAGUACAGGCUGGGGGCUGACUGGCUGGGCAGCAGCUCUGCAGAAAAGGACCUGGGGGUUACAGUGGACAUAAGCUGAAUAGUGAAAAUAGAAUGAGCCAAAAUCUUGCUAAUCAGAGCCAGUGUGCCUUGUACAUUUUGGGGAGGGGCCAUGUUUGUUGUCCCUUUGUAUAAAGCUCAUGAAAAUGUUAGAGUUAAGUGAUACAGAGACAUGGGAAAAGGGGUGCAAAGUCUCCCUAACUUCCACCUGUCAUCCUAAUUGCACUUGUUGGUUUCUGGCUUUGCUAAGGAAAAUAAGGCUGAUGUGAACUAUGAAGCAGAUGAGUGACCUUUCAGUGAGAGAGCAGCACCACUGACCUGAAAUGUCAGCUGACCAAUCUGGGCAGGGGGGAGAGGGGAGAAAAACCUGUUGGUUAAUAUAAAAUGCAUAUCAAGUUCUUUUUCAAUCCGAAAAUAUUUUUCCCUUGUAAGGGUCUGCUUCUGCUUUUUGUGACCAUCGUUCUCCCAGCACCUGCUCAUUUUAAUUUUUUUCCGUUUUCCAGUUAAUGGCCUACGUGCUGAGUUUUUUUCCUCAUCUUGUCACCUUCACCCCCAAAAUCUCAAAUCUACAAAAUGUAGAACUACUAGUAAAAUGUUAUAAUGGUCUGUAUUUUUUCUAAUUUAAUUUAUCCAGUAAAUAUGUAAUAAACACUCUCUAAAUGUGC